GAGAUACCUGACAUGUCCCAACUACUCAUUUUGUGUCAUCUAUAAACUCAACUUCUUAACAAUAAAUUUUAUCUUUUAAUCCAAAAAAAAUCUAACAAAUCGGAGCUCUGUGAAUGGUGAGAGCUCAGCAGCCGGAGGAGAAGAGCCGGGGAAUGCGACUUGGAAAAAAAUACGAGCUCGGAAAGACCUUAGGAGAAGGCAAUUUUGGCAAAGUCAAACUUGCCAAACACAUCGAUUCCGGCCUCCCCUUCGCCGUUAAGAUUCUCGACAAGAACACCAUCCUCCAUCUCAACAUCUCCGAUCAGAUUAAAAGAGAGAUCGCUACCUUGAAGCUGCUCAAGCAUCCCAACGUCGUCAGAUUACAUGAGGUUUUGGCCAGUAAAUCAAAGAUUUAUAUGGUCUUAGAAUAUGUGAAUGGAGGGGAAUUGUUUGACAGAAUAGCAUCCAAGGGAAAGCUUCCAGAAGCUCAGGGCAGGAAGCUCUUCCAGCAGUUGAUUGAUGGUGUCAGUUGCUGUCACAGUAAAGGAGUUUUUCAUAGGGAUCUUAAGCUAGAGAACGUGCUCAUCGAUACAAAGGGAAACAUAAAAAUAUCUGAUUUUGGACUCAGCGCUCUGCCCCAGCAUUUUAGGAAUGACGGCUUACUGCAUACUACCUGCGGAAGUCCCAACUACGUUGCACCAGAGAUUCUCUCAAAUAGAGGUUACGAUGGUGCCACAUCAGAUACAUGGUCGUGUGGAGUUAUUUUAUAUGUAAUUCUCACAGGGUAUCUCCCUUUUGAUGAUAGAAACCUUGCGGUUUUAUAUCAAAAGAUAUUCAAGGGGGACGCUCAGAUACCGAAAUGGCUGUCGCCAGGGGCCAAAAACAUAAUAAAGAGGAUCCUUGAUCCAAAUCCAACUACCAGAAUAACAAUGGCAGAUAUCAAAGCUGAUGAGUGGUUCAAGCAGGACUACACCCCUGCAGAUACUGCAGAAGAAGAAGAAGAUAUGCAUAAUGACGAUGAAGCCUUUUCGAUGAAAGAAGUGCCGCUGGAAGGAGAGAGUGGCCCGGGAUCACCAACACUCAUCAAUGCCUUUCAGUUGAUCGGAAUGUCAUCUUGCCUGGAUCUAUCUGGUUUCUUUGAGAAAGAGGAUGUUUCUGAGAGGAAAGUCAGAUUCACGUCCCAUUAUUCUAAGAAGGAUUUGCUUGAGAAGAUAGAGAAUACUGUGACAGAGAUGGGAUUUCGGAUCCAAAACAAAAAUGGAAGGUUGAAAGUUGUACAAGAGCGCAAAGAGCAGAGAAGUUUGGGUAGUCUAUCAGUCGCAGCAGAGGUUUUUGAAAUAAGUCCAUCACUACAUGUUGUUGAACUACAAAAAUCAUAUGGAGAUGCUUCGAUUUAUAGACAGUUGUGUAAAAAGCUAUCAAAUGAAUUAGGGGUUCCCACAGAUGGAGGAGUGUUGAGCACAGAAGUCCCAAUCUAGAUCUUGUUCAUAUAUUCAGCAUUCUUUUUUAGCAAUCUCUAUCUGUAAUCUUAUACGAUAUAGAAAGUGAAUAUAAUAAUGCUCUUAUCUUUUUAAUAAAGGCAAAUUUCUCGUUUCA